UCAUCCUGUUCUUCUGUCACAGUUGUUGCUACUUUUCUCGCCGUCGUCUGCCUUCUCAACCCUAGCCCCAACACCCUUUCCCAGUCCAACCAUGGCGUUGAAGCAUCUUCUAGCUCUAGCCCGCCGGUCCCACAGACCUUCACCCUCCGCUCUUUCUGCCGUCAGACACUCGUCAACCGCCGUCGCCUCUUCCUCGCCAUCUACUCCUCCCGCCCCUCCUCCUCCUAAUGCCAUGAUCUACGACCGUCUCGCUGAAUCUGUCAAAUCCAAGCUACAACAGCUCGAGAAUCCCGACCCCAGGUUCCUCAAAUACGGGUCCCCUCACCCAACUCUCACGACUCACACCCACAUCCUCUCCGCCCCUGAAACCCGAGUCACCACGCUUUCUAAUGGCCUUCGCGUCGCGACGGAAUCCACUCUCGCCUCAAAAACAGCUACAGUUGGAGUCUGGAUCGAUGCUGGGUCUCGCUUCGAGACUGAAGAUACUAACGGUACGGCACAUUUUCUAGAGCACAUGAUUUUUAAGGGCACCGAGCGGAGGUCUGCGAGAGACCUUGAGGAGGAGAUCGAGAACAUGGGUGGCCAUUUGAAUGCCUACACCAGUAGGGAACAGACUACUUAUUAUGCCAAAGUUAUGGACAAGGAUGUGAACAAGGCAUUGGAUAUUUUGGCUGAUAUAUUGCAGAACUCGAAAUUCGACGAGAACCGGAUUAGACGCGAGAGAGAUGUGAUUUUAAGGGAAAUGGAGGAGGUUGAGGGGCAAACUGAGGAAGUUAUCUUCGAUCAUUUGCAUGCAACUGCAUUCCAGUACACUCCUCUUGGCAGAACUAUUCUUGGACCAGCGCAAAAUGUCAGGUCUAUUACCAGAGAUCAUCUUCAGAGCUAUAUACAAACACACUAUACUGCUCCCCGGAUGGUCAUUGUAGCUUCUGGAGCAGUUAAGCAUGAAGAAGUUGUUGAGCAAGUAAAGAAGUUGUUUACUAAGUUAUCAGCUGAUCCAACCACUGCUUCUCAGCUGGUUGGCAAAGAACCUGCUUUUUUCACUGGAUCUGAGGUUAGGAUAAUUGAUGAUGAUGUUCCUUUGGCACAAUUUGCCGUUGCUUUUGAAGGAGCUUCCUGGACAGAUCCAGAUUCUAUUGCUCUAAUGGUCAUGCAGGCUAUGCUUGGUUCGUGGAAUAAAAAUGCUGGAGGUGGAAAGCACAUGGGUUCUGAGCUUGCACAACGGGUUGGUAUCAACGAAAUAGCAGAAAGCAUGAUGGCUUUUAACACCAACUAUAAAGACACUGGCCUGUUUGGUGUUUAUGCUGUUGCUAAGCCAGAUUGCUUGGAUGAUUUAGCCUGGGCAAUUAUGUAUGAGACAACCAAAUUAAGUUAUCGAGUUUCAGAAGCUGAUGUCACACGUGCCCGUAAUCAGUUGAAAUCAUCAUUGAUACUUCACAUAGAUGGAACCAGUCCUGUAGCUGAAGAUAUUGGACGCCAGCUACUUACAUAUGGCCGGAGAAUUCCAUUUGCAGAAUUGUUUGCUAGGAUUGAUGCUGUUGACGCUAGCACAAUUAAACGUGUUGCUAACAGAUUUAUUCACGACAAGGAUAUUGCAAUUGCUGCCAUGGGUCCCAUCCAGGGGUUGCCUGACUACAAUUGGUUCAGACGCAGGACUUACUUGAACCGCUACUAGAUUAUCACUCUUGUUUUUAUUACUGCAUUGGCACAUUACAGGGCGGAUAUAAACAACGUAUUGAUGGUUUUGCGACACAACCACCAUCUUUUGGGGCUCUCCCGAAAGUGUGCAUUUUCAAAUCACUUUUUUUUUUUUUUUUCCUGUUUAGGUUUCUCUCUGUAAUGCUAUUAUUUUUCAGUAAUAAAGAAUACAUUGUUCAGAAAAUUGUUGCUUUUAAUAAAAGCAGAUUUUGUC